AUGCAGCGCAGGCGUUUGAGCAGCUUCGGGAUCGGCCGCGACCAGAUUCGGCAGGGCGGCGGCCGCGGCAACGGCAACGACCAUCUCGACGAGCUGGUUGGCAGCGUCGAAUUCUACGUCUACCAGACUCCCGGACGGCGGGUGAAAGGCUUCGACAGCCUCAAGCUCUACGCCGAAGGCGAGGGAUGCGAGCUGCUGUACACCGCCGACGCGCCCCCCGAGCUGGCCGACUACGAAACGCUGCGUAUCACCCACCGCCGCUCCGAGCCGAUACCCGACUCCGUGCUCAAGCGCGCCCACUCUUGGGCCCAUCGCAACAAUUUCCUGCAUAGCUUCUUCAAACCCCUGUACCGGUAG